AUGUCGAGAGUUCCAGACUGGGUUCUCGAUUCUAAGCUUGAGACUCAUUUCCUACCAGGUGCCAAGCACGAAAUAGUGCACACCUACUAUGAGCAGCAAUCUCUUUCCCAGCGGCCAAUCAAAAAAUUCGAACACUGGCAGCGGGAGAAAAAGAUUGGCGGUGGUGGAUUUGGAGAAGUUUGGCUGGAGAGAUGCACGAAAGGAACGAAUCAUGGCAAUCACGUCCGCGCAACAAAGCAGAUGGAGUACGAGCGAUGUUUUGUCAAGUCUUUUGGGUGGUAUCAAACCGAAGCGAGCUUAUUUAUUGCAAUGGAAUAUCUUGAGCUGGGGGAUCUACAAAAUUAUCUACACGACCAGAAGCAACCACUGCCGGAAUUUGAGGUACAGGGCAUCAUGUUCCAAAUUCUUGAGGGUCUUGAUUUAAUGCAUGAUAAUGGCUACGCACAUCGUGAUUUGAAACCCAAUAAUAUCCUUUUGAGAUCUUGUCCACCAAAUGAUUGGUGGGUCAAGAUCGCAGACUUUGGGAUCAGCAAACGUAUCGAAGAUAGCCUUGGAAAACCAACAACCCUGAGGGGUACCGAGGGAUAUAUUGCUCCUGAACUCUAUGAACUCUCUCAACGCGGUACUCCAUAUGCCGUUGACAUUUGGGCGGCUGGAGAGAUUAUGUUCCAACUUUUGACCAAGCAACCCACAUUCCAGCAUGUUGGAUUGCUCUUCAACAACGAAAAUUUAAUGUCUGAGCCAGUACAACAAAAAACUGCCACGGCUGCCAGAAUGAUGCUUCCUGGUACGCUCAAGGGCCAUUCUUCCCGGGUGACUUGUGUGGCAUUCUCAUCCGACGGAAAACUUGUGGCAUCUGGAUCUGAUGACCUUAAAGUUAAACUCUGGAAUACUACCACAGGCGCUAUAUACAGAGCCUUUGAGAGCCAUUCUCAAUCUGUGACUUGCGUGGCAUUCUCAGUCGAUGGCAAAUUUGUGGUAGCUGGAUCUGAUGACCAGACAAUCAUAUUCUGGAAUAUUAUCACGGGUGCCACACAUAGGACGCUCAAGGGCAGUUCAUAUGUCAGGUCCGUGGCGUUCUCACCCGAUGGCCAAUUAGGGGCAUCUGGAUAUGACGGUGGCACAGUCGAACUCUGGAAUAAUAUCACGGGCACUAUAUACAAAACGCUCAAGGACCCUUUCAGUGUUCCUUUCCUAGCAUUCUCACCCGACAACAACACGCUUGAGGGCCAUUCUCGACUUGUGACUUCCGUGGCAUUCUCACGAGAUGGUAAAUUUGUGAUAUCGGGAUCUGAUGACCACACAAUAAAGUUCUGGAAUACUAUUACGGGCGCUAUAGACAAAACGUUCUAUGGCCAUUCUUCAUCGGUGACAUGCGUGGCCUCCUCGCCUGAUGGUCGAUUGGUGGCAUCUGGAUCUUGUGACAACACAGUCAAACUCUGGGAUGCUGCUAUUUAG